ACCAAUUGAGGUGAGCCCUGAUUUGUACACAUCAGCAUUCGAGAAAGUGACAAAUGACAUCAGAAUAAUCCUCGAAAAUCCUCAAAGUCCAGCUUGAACUAUCCAUGAGUGAAGCCUUUGUGAAAUAAGCCAUCUUCAUUCCAGGAUCCUCUCCACCAUCAUGGACACCGAACGUGAAGAGAAACUCCGUUUGGCCAAAGAAAAGCUCAAAAAGUUUCAGUCCAAGCGUCGACCAGAUACCGCCACACCUCCCCCUGCCCAGCCCGAUCCCAGUGCCCCGCCGCCGCCUCCCACCUCUUCAGUUCAGGAUCAUUUCACCCUCGAGCCUUCGAAUCCCGCCCAUCCUUCCUCCACCUCCUCCUCUUCCGCUUUGACCGAGUAUUUCCAGAAUUCUUCCGAAACCUCCACACCAUUUCCAGUGAACCCGGGGCACGAUGAUGUGUUCUCGAAUCUGACUCAAGCCCCGCCCUCAGACCCCCAUGUAGAACCAUCGGAGGUGGAUCCUCAGCCCGUGAUGCCCGUCAUGGACGUGAAUUCGGGCCUGUCCCUGUCCGAGCAAAUCAGCCAAGUUCUGAAUCAAACGGACCCGGCAGUUGAAGUUCAGGCGGAGAAAAAUGAUGAGAUCGCCACUCGAAAUCGCGAUUUGAGUCAACAGGUGGAACAGUAUGCCACGAGUCUCCAGCAAUAUGAGACUUAUUGCCAAUCAUUGAAUGAACAAUUACAAGCGGCGCAACAGGAAGUGGCUCAGCUUCAGACUGAGCAAGCCAAGGUGAAGGUCGAUGAAACCGAGAAAUACCAAAAGGAACUUCAGGCCUACAAGGAUUCCAUCUCCAUGCUUGUGGGAGAAAAAUCCGAUUUCGAAGGACAGAUCAAGAAACUGGAAAAUUCAAUGAAGAUGAGAGAAGUGGAAGUCACGAGUUUGAAGCAAAUGCUGCUGGAAUCUGAACAACGAGCCAAUGAAAGUCUCGAACGCGCCCAGGCCUCAGAUCACGGGGAAAAGGCCCAGAGCCAGUUAGCGAACCUGGAGGCCACGAUUCAGAAUUUGAAUGUUCAAUUGAAUGAGAAGGAUGAAGACGUGGCCUACUUAAAAAGCCGAUUGGGUGCCAAGGAGCAGGAGAGCUCAACUCAAGCUCAAACCGUGGCCAGUCUCAAGUCCAAACUCGAAAUGGCCGAACUCAAUCUGACCCAGCUCCGUUCGGUGGCUCUAGAUCACCCGGAUGAAGAGGCCAUUAAGGCUCGCCAAGGACAAGAGGAGAAAAUGAGUCGAUUAGAGGACGAGAAAGACAAAUUGGUGAAGCGAGAAGCCGAGCUAACGGCCUACAUCCAACAAGCCUCCCAGGAUCGAGAGCAGAUCAUUCAUCAGUACACGAACUACAGUCAACAACUCGCGGCUCAGAUUGAAACCAUCACCCAAAAACUGAAUGACAAGAUCCAGGAAAAUGCCCAAAUGACGCACAGAGAAACGGAAUUGACCAACCACAUUGGACAACUCGAGACGCAAUUGCAGCAAAUGUUACAAGCUCAUCAGGAACAGGAAAAGAAACAGCAGUCAGAAGCCGGGGGAAAAGCCCAUCAAGCCUCGAGCUUGGGAUUACAGGAGGUGGAAGUGCUCAGGAAGAAAGUUCUCUCCUUGGAUGAGAGGCUUUCUGAGGUCAUUCGAGAACGGGACGAUUUGCAAGGACGAAUUCAAGCUCAGGACGUGGACAUUCAGUCGUUGAAAUUGGACAGCAUUCAUAAAGCGAACGCGAUCAGUGAUUUGGAAACCCAGAACGAGAUGCUCAAGGCCAAUGACCAAUCGCAUAUCGCGCACACGGAUCUGGUGGCGGCUUGCGAGUCCGACAAAGUGGCAGCCUCUCGGGCAAUGGCUCAGAAUCAACAGCUGAAGGAACAGAACGAGGAACUCCAACGUGCUCUAGUUGAAAUGACCAAUGCAAAGGCUGAAAUAAUGGACGAGUUGGACACGGUUCGCCGUCGCUUGACAUCCUUGAUGAAAGAUGACAAAAUCUCAGAACUGGUGAGCCAAGUUUCAGAAUUGAGUACGGCUGUGGAUGAGAGGGAUCGAAUCAUUGACGGCCUCAAGUCCAAAAUGCAGCAAUACGUGGCCUUUGCCGAAAACAGUAUACACGGUCGUUUGGACGCAGGAGAAGAUGUAUUCCAAGGUGAACAGGCUCAAGGCUCAGAAGGCCACGAGAGUGAGGAGAUAGUCCAGACUCCAGAACAGGUCCAAGAAAGUUUGCUUGUCAAGUUGAACGAGGCUGAAGCCCAGAUACGAUCCUUAGACUCGCACAAUAGCGAGCUGAAACGUAAAUUGGAAUUAAUGACAGCACGGAAUGACGAUCAUCGAGAUGAAUCGCCUUCCUCCAUGUCGGAUAGUUCAACCAGUUCCUCAUCAUCGUCCUCCAUUGGGUCCUCGGCUAUUUUAAUCAACAAUAAAACGGGGGGGUCUUCAUUGUCCUCCUGCUCCAGUCCAGUCAUGCUGGAGGGUCCCAAUAGCCACCAACAAUUGGAACCGCCACAACUGCACGAAGUCACAAACGAGUUCUCCAAGAAACGUUCCCAAACUCCGUCACAAAACGAGAGUGACUCCAAGAAGAAAGAAGGCGAAACCAUGGCCAAUUCAUCGACCCAGACAAUCCAAGUGUCAAGUUCGAGCUCCUCUCCUAAGAAUGGCGUCGAGAAGGAACCUUUGCCGGUGAUCAGUCGAGACGUGGCUCUGAUUAAACUGGAACAGAAGUUCAAAGAUGCCAUGAACCAGAUUGCGGAUCUGUCGGCCGAAAAGGAACAACUAGAGCAUGUCAAUGUUCAACUUCAGGAAGAGACCGAAACCGUGGGGGAAUACAUCACGAUCUACCAAUACCAACGACAGCAAAUUAAGCGCCGUAUGGAGGAGAAAGAAGAACAACUCCAACAAGUGUCGCGGGAACGUGAGGAGUUCAAAGCCAAACUGGGACAGCUUCAGAGUCUGGUCACUCAUUACCUCUCGGACAACCAAAACAAACCCCAGCAGAACGCCAGCACGAACCCACAAAACAUGUCGGGUUCCGAGGCUGGCCUGGCAGUGAUAGCCGAAUCUUCAAGUCACGAUGGCCCCGAUAACACAACCAUUAAUAACAACCCUCCUGAGUUGGCCCAAGAGAUGACCGAGCAUCAUAAUCCGGCACAGAUGGAUGACUCUUCUCGUUCUCUCGCCAAUCCUUCGUCUCCUUUGCCGCCGUCCUCCUCCUCCUCAUCAUCACCAUCGUCACCAUCAGCGCCUGCUUCUCUCGAAAGACAUAACAACGAGCCAUCGAAGGAUUCCAAAACAGCAUCUUCAGGAGGACAUGUUAUUAACGUCGAGCCGAAAUCCAUGACGACAGGACCAAAGUCUGCCACGGCCAAAAAGAUCUUGGAUCUGCUUUCAGAAAUGGAAAACAACCAGAUCUUAGACAGCAAUUUCCAUCCGUAUUUCUUCUGGGACUCUUCAUAUAACUCAAGACAACUCCAAACCGUCUAGUGAAUAUGCAUGAAAUGGAAUGAGACAGCGCGGUAAAACUGCACAUUCAUGAAAUCAUAUGUAUUGGUCUGUUUUAUAGUUUUUGAUCGUUGAAAUUAUGUUUUAUUACAGUUUGUAUAACGCA